AUGAAAGGCUUCAAGGUUUUUCUAAUGUUUGCCAUGCUAAUAGCUUCAGCCAUCACCACUCUCUCUGCAAUACCAAACGAAGAAGAAUCAUUCUUCAACGAGGAAAACAAUACUGAUACAAAUGACGAAACCAAAAACCAGUUUGGAAAAAGCACUUCUCUAAGAAGCCGCUUCCUUGCCUCCGUGACUUGUGACAAAAACCCUAAGGUUUGUCAGGCGUAUGGCAGCGCAAAGCCGGAUUGCUGCAACAAGAAAUGUGUGGACAGAAACACAGACACAGCAAACUGCGGCAAGUGUGGGAAGAAAUGCAAUUACGCAGAGAUUUGCUGCGAAG